AUGGUGGUAGAUACCGCUUACUACGACGCCUUGGGCGUCAAGCCCGAUGCUACUGAGAUAGAGAUCAAGAAGGCAUACCGAAAGCUUGCCAUCAAGCUGCACCCAGACAAGAACCCAGACGAUCCCACCGCAUCCGAGAAGUUCCAAGCUGUCGGAGAAGCAUACCAAGUCCUGAGUGAACCAGAACUUCGAAAACAGUAUGACACCCUGGGCAAGGAAGGCGCGAAGCCUGAUUCUGGCUUCGAAGACCCUGCCGAGUUUUUUACCAUGAUCUUCGGCGGUGAGGCCUUCCACGACUGGAUCGGUGAGAUUUCCAUGAUGAAGGAUCUCACCAAGAGCAUGGAAAUCUCUAUGAGAGAGAUGGAUGAAGACGGUCAGGGUGCUACUGCAGAUGUCGCCGCGAGCACCGAGGCAGCCGCUGAGAAGGAGACGACGAGCGGUACUACCCCAGCGACUGCUGCAGCACCACCCCCAAUGCCACCGCGACCUCACGCCGAAGCCGCACCAGAUCAGCCCGCAACUGCCGGUGCAACCCAAGAGAUACCUAUUCGUGACUCCAAGCCUGCCGGUGUCUCUCCAGCUCCAUCUGGUACUUCUACCCCUCGCCCGCAAGGUAUCCCUACUCGGUUGGCCAUAACAGACAAGACCGAGGAAGACGCUGCUGCAACGGCUGCAGGAAUGACAAAGGAGGAGAAAGAGCUGCGGGAGAAGGAGAAGAAGAAGGGCGGUCUCACCAAAGAACAACGCGAGGAGUUGGCUGCCUUUGAGCUGGAGCGCAAGAAGAUUCGUGACGAGCGGGUCGACAUGCUUAGUAGGAAGCUCGUUGAUAGAAUCAGCGUCUGGACCGAGACCGACAAGGGCAAGGAUGUGACCGAGGCAUUCAAGGAGAAGAUGAGGCUGGAAGUGGAGAACCUGAAGAUGGAGUCUUUCGGUAUCGAAAUCCUCCACGCCAUCGGACAAAUCUACGUCAGCAAGGCGACCACGUUCCUCAAGUCCCAGAAGCCACUCAUAGGAGGUGUGAGUGGAUUCUUCAGCAGGCUGAAGGACAAGAGCACUAUGGUGAAGGACACCUGGGGCACUGUCUCUUCGGCCAUCUCAGCUCAGAUGGAGAUUGAGGAGAUGGCACGUGCUGAGGAGAAGGGCGGCGAGGACUGGACCGACGAGAAGAAGGCUGAAUUCGAGAAGCGUGUGACGGGCAAGAUUCUUGCCGCUGCAUGGAGGGGAAGCCGGUUCGAGAUCUCUGGCGUACUCCGUGACGUCUGCGAUAAGGUCCUGUACGACAAGAGAGUCAAGCCGGAGAAGCGCAUUGAGCGUGCCCAGGCGCUGUUGAUUGUUGGCGAGAUGUUCGCAAAGGCUGAACGCGAUCCUGACGAUGAGGGUGACUACAUGGCUUUUGAACAGCUCAUGGCCGAAGCUACAGCGAAGCGUGAGAAGAAGGAAGAGAAGGAUAAGAAGAAGUCUCACCGACACACCUUCACCGGCGGACAUAGGCACGAAUCUCCCGCAGGCAAGACUGGGUCGACCAGUUAG